AUGACUAAUUCUAAAAGUGAUCGACAUCGAUUUUAUUUUAUUUUCCUAGAACAUUAUGAGAAUGAGGAGAAGGAAGCAAUAGUAGAAAAAGAGGAAAAAGAAAAGAUGAUAAUAAUAUCUAUGUAUUCUGAUUCAGAACAGGAGGAGCCAGUGAAGACCAGUAAACUUGAACAUGAGCCUAAACUAUCAACCCAAUCACUUGUUCCAAACAAAAUGGAAGAUGAUAACGAUGAACUUAGUGUACUUGAAGACGAUCCUAAACCAUCAACGAAGAAAAGAUCUACUUCAAAUAAAAAGAAAGAUGAUAAUAUCAUUGAUGCUGAUGAACUUGAAGACGAUCCUAAAUCAUUAAUAAAGAAAGGGUCUGGACAAACUACUCCAAAUAAAAAGGAAGAUGAUAAUGAUGGAAUUAGUGAACUCGAAGAAGAUCCUAAACCACCAACAAAGAAAAGAUAUGGACAAACCAAAUCAUCUAUUCCAAAUAAAAAGAAUGGUAUUAUUGAUAGUGGUGAACUCGGUGGACUCAAAGACGAUCCUAAACCAUCAAUGGAAAAAAGAUCUCAAAAAAUGAUGAUAAAUCCGUCCAGAGAAUUGGCAGGAUGUGAAGAUACAAAAAGUCAAGUUCGUAAAUUAAAAGAAAUUCUCGUGGAAUUGGGAUGGAAGAUAAUAAAAAAUAGUCGUGAUCUAGAAACAGAAUUGAAAUCAAUGGAUAUUGAUAACAUUAUUACUAAUAAUGUUAAAGAAUCAAGAAAAACACGAGCAUCUAUUGGAAUAUUUAAUCCUACUGGUUAA